AUGCUCUGGGCAAUGACAAAUGCUGUCGGAGCAGGGGCCGGGGCGGGAGUAGGAGGAGGAGGAGGAGGAGCAGGAGCAGCAGCAGGAGCAGGAGGAGCAGGAGCAGGAGCAGGAGCAGCGUCCAGAGGACCAGCAGGAGGAGCAUGUAUAGAGGCGAACUUGAUGGGGUUCCACCAUUCGAGGUUGAUCCGUGUGGGAGGAGCUCAAUUCAGUCCCUCCUGCCAAGUGAGGGCGGGGAGAGAAGAUUUGAUGCGUCCAACCUGCGGAGGUUGGAACGAUGGAAGAAACUGCGAGAUGUUGGGGUGGAGGCGAAAGAUCCUAGGGAAUGUACAGAGCGGAUCGCGUGCGGGGGCGUCGGGACAAAGGCAAGGGGACUGGAGAUGGAAAACACUGUCCCGAAAGUGUAGCUCCUUUGUGCACUCCUCCUCAAAAAUCCUCAGAAACCUGAUCGUCCUCCUCCUUCUGAUAGUUGGAACCUGGUUUCAAUCCCCCAAGGUUGCGAGUGCGAAGGAGGGAGUGGGGGUGCAGGCGGAGCAAGCGGAGCAGGAGCGCGUUGUAAACCCAAACUCCAGGGCAUGGAAAGAAGAGUUCAAAGGGUCCGAGCUCCCGCUAUGGGCUCAGUUUGCUCGCAGGGACGUGACUCUUGCGAACAUGGAGGACAAGGAAAUGUUCAUGACGGAGUGCAAGGCAGUCGUGCAGAGUCCUGUAGAGUACGUGUACGUGAUGACGUUUGGGUCUCUCGAAGAGCAGGAGAGGUUCCUCCUGCGGCACUCCGGGGUAGAGCAGCCCGCCAUGGUGCCAUCGCAAGGGGGGGCAGUUGAAGCUGCCAAGGAGGGAGAGGGAGGACUUGUGGAGAUGUCCCCCGGCUUCAUCUUCAGGACGGCCGUGCUCGUCCUCUCUGUGCUGUGUAUCUCUGCGCUGAACAUGCCGAUACAAUCGCCCACCAUCCGGCUGUUUGAUAAGGCGUCUAGGAAGAAGGAGGAGUCAGUGAGGAAGAAAUUUGGUCGAGUCGUGGCAAGGGGCGCAAACUCGAGUGCGGCCUUGCUGUCUACCAAGAUCCCCGGGAAACAGGACGCGUCGAGCUACGACUUUGUUGUUAUAGGAGGUGGAGCAGCAGGGCUGAUGGCUGCAGGGCUCGGGACUUCGCUCGGGGCCAAGACUGUGUUGAUUGAGGCGGAUGAGAUAGGAGGAGACUGUACGAACCAGGCCAUCUUGGAGGAGCAAUCUUUCAGAUUCACUACAAGCCACAUCCAGUCGGUCGUUGCCAGGGUGAAAUCGCACGAGUCGGCAGAGGCGAUUCAGAAAGCGGGGAUCUCGUUUAUCCACGGACAAGCGUCUUUCAAGGGUCAGAACAAGAUCCUUGUGAGAAGAUCUGACGGGAAUUCUUCCGAGAUCGUGGGGAAGAAAAUUCUGAUUUGCACGGGGGCGGAGCCGAAAGUCCCAGCGAUCAAGGGGAUCAGGAACGUGAACUUUUGGACCUACCGAGAUGCAGGCGUUUCCUUCUCAGAGGAGGGGAUCGUUGUUGACGAGCACCAGCGCACGACCGUUGCCAACAUCAUGGCAGCAGGAGACUGCUGUACGGGGCAGGACAAGUUCUCCCACGUUGCAGGGCUUUUGAGCCCCUUCCUGCAGGCCUUUAUCGCUACGAAAGCAGCGCUGCUGCCAUGGUGGCUGAGGGGAAGCAUCUCUAAAAGCUCCUCCGUCGUUCCUCGCGUCGUCUACACGAAGCCGGAGGAAAGAGACGGGAGGAGGAGGAGGAGGGAGGAGGGGGCGAGUGACGGGAAGGACGGCAGGUACGGGAAGGUAGGACGGCAAUGGACCAAGGUCUCAGUGACCAAGAGCAUGCUCGACCGCAGCCUGGCAGACGAGGAGGCCGAGCAAGCCUUCAUAGAAGUUUACAUCCACAACGACGGGCAAGUCCUGGGGUCCACCAUGGUGUCGAACCGAGCCGGGGAGCUCGUCACGCUCGUAGCUAUCGCCAUCAAUAAUAAGAUCCACGUCAAGGACCUUGCCACGACUAUCCACCCUUAUCCUUCCUACGCCUUCGCUCUGCACAAGCUCCUUGCAUCUUUUCUUCAAGAGGCCUUCCUGUAG